CAAAGAACCAACCAAUUGACCGCGAAUCAAGCCCCAAUGACUUCGAAUACCGAAUCAGCAUUCCGCUCCGGCCUCUCCUCCUUAGGUUGGGACCGACAAUCGGAUCAAUUACCUCCGCCGACGACUGCGUCGACGAAUGAGGGAUGGGGAAGUAGAUUACGAGGGAUGGUACCACAUGGAGCGAGGGAUUACCUGCCGAUUGGGGCAGAAGAGGAGGAUCAGGGUUGGUUUGGGAUUAGGUUGAGUCGGUGGGAUAGGUUGCUGAUCUUUGGAGCGUGUAUCCUUGGUGCAGCGGUAUGUUUCUUGGUCGCGUUCUUGAUGAUGCCCGUGUUGGUCCUAAAGCCGAGAAAAUUCGUCAUGCUCUGGACCGUCGGCUCCCUCCUCUUCCUCUCCUCCUUCGCAGCUCUCCAAGGUCCGAUCUCAUAUUUCAAACACCUCUUUUCCGGCUCCCGAAUUCCAUUCACGGCGACGUACUUCACGAGUAUGGUUCUCACCAUCUACUUUGCCCUGGGAUUGCAGAGUACGAUAUUGACGGUCGUGAGUGCGGCGGUGCAGGUGGUGUGUUUGGUGGUGUAUUUGGUUAGUUACUUUCCGUUUGGAGCGGGUGCUAUUCGGUGGGGUGGGAGUAUUGUUGCGAGGAGGGUUGGGAUUGACUUUUGAGGAGUGAAGCUUGGCUGAGGUCAUGAAUAAGGGAAGGCGGAGGGAGGAUGGAUACCAAAGAUAUCUUAUGAGAUGGAAAUGUCAACGAGGGUGAGCAUUUAG